UUCCGUGCCAAAUUUUUAUCAUCUUUUCUUUCUUCUUCUUCUUCAUCAUUAUUUUCCUUCAAGAGUCGACAGCAUUCUUCCCUUUUUAUUCAUGAAAGUUCCAUCAACUAAAACUCAAGAAGAAAUGUAUAAAGAGGCGAAAAGCUCCUAUUUUGAUCUACCAGCUUUGGAUGUUUCCAUUGCAUUUCCUCAAGCAACACCAGCAUCCGUCUUUCCUACGUGCACUUCGGACUAUUAUCAGUUUGAUGAUCUCUUGACUCCUGAAGAGAGAGCCAUCAGACUGAAAGUGAGAGAGUGCAUGGAAAAAGAAAUUGCUCCUAUAAUGACAAAGUACUGGGAGAAAGCAGAGUUUCCGUUUGAAGUCAUUCCGAAGCUUGGUGCUUUGCACAUAUCUGGUGGCACUAUAAAGGGGUAUGGUUGUCCAGGCUUUUCAAUAACUGGAAGUGCUGUUGCCCUAGCAGAAGUUUCCAGAGUUGAUGCAAGCUGCGCUACAUUCAUUUUGGUGCAUUCAUCUUUGGCAAUGCUCACUAUUGGACUAUGCGGAUCAGAAAUGCAAAAGCAAAAAUACUUACCAUCUAUGGCUGAACUUAGCAGUAUAUCUUGUUGGGGUCUAACUGAGCCAGACUAUGGAAGCGAUGCAAGUGCUUUGAAGACCACUGCAACAAAGGUUGAAGGAGGUUGGAUCCUUGAAGGGCAAAAACGGUGGAUAGGAAACAGCACUUUUGCGGAUGUGUUGGUUAUUUUUGCUAGAAACACAGCCACAAACCAAAUAAAUGGUUUCAUUGUACAGAAGGAUGCUCCAGGCUUGAAAUCUACUAAAAUAGAAAACAAAAUUGGGCUGCGGAUGGUUCAAAAUGGAGAUAUCCUCCUUAAGAAAGUGUUUGUUCCUGAUGAGGAUAGACUACCUGGUGUCAAUUCUUUCAAGGAUACAAAUAAGGUGCUUGCUGUAUCACGUGUCAUGGUUGCGUGGAUGCCUAUAGGCAUGGCAAUGGGUGUAUAUGAUAUGUGUCACAGGUAUUUAAAUGAGAGGAAGCAGUUCGGAGCUCCAUUGGCUGCUUUCCAGCUAAAUCAACAAAAGCUGGUUCAGAUGUUGGGCAACAUUCAGGCUAUGCUUCUUGUUGGAUGGCGCCUUUGCAAGUUGUACGAGAGUGGUAAAAUGACUCCUGGUCAGGCUAGCUUGGGGAAAUCAUGGAAUACCUUGAGGGCUAGAGAGACUGUUUCUCUUGGACGAGAAUUACUUGGUGGUAACGGUAUCUUGGCCGACUUCCUAGUGGCAAAGGCAUUCUGCGACUUGGAGCCCAUCUAUACGUUCGAGGGUACCUAUGAUAUCAACACCCUAGUAACAGGUAGAGAAAUUACAGGUCUUCCUAGCUUCAAGCCAGCAAAAUUGAGGCCAAACAGUCGGCUGUAAUGCUUCAACCAUCUUCCUAUUCUCUGGAAAUUGUUCUGCUGAAGUUAGUGCACCUUAAAAUACUUGUUCAAAAAAAAUGCCACGGACUUGAGAAUAUUUAAUCCCUUUUAAUUUCUGGUAUCAUAAUCAUAAAGAAGUCUAUUCUAAUAAAGCGAACAUUGUUAUAUGUGAACUUGUUCGUUCUAUGUAUCGAUUUGGCUAUGUAAGCCGGUAUGCCA